CUGCCCCACCUCCAGAGGAUCUGCCCCCACCUCCAGAGGAUCUACCCCCACCUCCAGAGGAUCUGCUCCACCUCCAGAGGAUCUGCUCCACCUCCAGAGGAUCUGCUCCACCUCCAGAGGAUCUACCCCCACCUCCAGAGGAUCUGCCCCCACCUCCACAGGAUUUCAUGCAGCCCUGGUUCAGCUGGAGUCUUUAGAACUCCCAACGCUGAGUACAAACUCUCCACCGGGACCAAUCAGCGGCGGCCCGGGGGGGGGGGGCUGUGGAGGCCGUGCCGGCGGGGGGAGGACCCGCGGAAAAGGGGCCGGCGGCCGGAGGGAGCGGGGCCAGCCCGGCGGAGGGAGCGGAGGCUGCAGCGGAAGAUGGCGCGUCGCGGCGGCCGUGCCACGUCCCGGUGGAGCGCGGUGCUUUCCCUGUGCGCGUGCCUGCUGGCCGCGCGGCCGGCCCGGGCCGGACUCUACACGGCGUCCGACCAGAUCGUGCUGCUGACCCCGGACAACGUGGACGGGUUCCUGGUGAACUCCUCCGCGGCCAUGCUGGUGGAGUUCUACGCGUCGUGGUGCGGACACUGCAUCUCCUUCUCCCCGGUCUACAAACGCCUCAGCACGGACCUCAAAGAGUGGAAGCCCGCUGUGAACCUGGCCGCCAUAGACUGUGCUGCCGAGGAGAACAGGAAGGUCUGCACCCACCACGGCAUCAAGGGCUACCCCACCAUAAAGUUCUUCCAUGCCUACUCCAAACCGGAUUCUCCAGGAGUGUCUUUUAAAGCGUUCCCCCGGGACGUCCCCCGUCUCCGGCGCAGGAUCAUAGACAGUCUGGAGGCCCACGGCGAGCCCUGGCCGCCGGCCUGCCCCCCCCUGGAGCCCGCCAGUCAAGCAGAGAUUGACAUCUUCUUUGAGACCAACAAUGUCCAACACCUGGCGCUGAUCUUUGAAGAUGACAAAUCCUACCUCGGUCGAGAGGUAACUCUGGACCUGUUACAGUUUGAGAACAUUGCAGUGAGGAGGGUCCUGAACACGGAGGGGGGUCUGGUGAGCAGGCUGGGGGUGACAGAGUUCCCCUCCUGCUACCUCAGUUACCCCGGAGGCAACUUCACCAGACUCAGAGUCAACGUGGAGGCUCGUGCUUUCUACUCCUAUGCCCUCCAGGGGCUGCCGGGGGUGGUGCGCUCGGGGAAGCCCCCCCCGGUCUCCACGGGGCUGCGCACCAACAGCACGGUCAGUGAGACCUGGAGGCCCUUCAACAGGUCCAGAGUUUACAUGGCCGACCUGGAGUCCAGCCUGCACUACUCCCUCCGCCUGGAGCUGGCCAGCCAUCCGGUCAUUAAAGAGGAGGCUCUGAAAUCCCUCAAGAAGUACAUCUCCGUCCUGGCAAAGUACUUUCCAGGACGUCCCAUGGUGAUGAACUCUCUGAAGUCUCUAAACUCCUGGCUGCAAAACCAAACCUCAGACCAAAUUUUCUAUGAGGCUUUCAAAGAAAUCCUGGAUAACACGGCACAGGCUCCUGAAACUGCUCUGCCUGAAGGAGUGAGGUGGGUGGGCUGCCAGGGUUCCCAGCCCCACUUCAGACGUUACCCAUGCGGGGUGUGGACCCUCUUCCACGUUCUCACUGUCCAGGCCAACAAUACGGGAGGCUCAGAUCCUCGGGAAGUUCUGAGCGCAAUGAGAAGCUACAUACACAACUUCUUCGGCUGCAGACAUUGUGCCGAGCACUUUGAGAACAUGGCGGGCGAGAUGCCCGGGGAGGUGGACUCGCUGCCCGCCGCCGUCCUGUGGCUGUGGUCCAGCCACAACCGGGUCAACAACAGAAUCGCAGGUGCUCUGAGUGAAGACCCUCUCUUCCCAAAAAUCCAGUGGCCGUCCCCGGACAUGUGCCCGGCCUGCCACGCAGUGAAGGACAACGGGGAGCACAAGUGGAACAAGGACCAGGUUCUGUCCUUCCUCACGUCCCACUUCUCUUCCAGCAGCAUCCUCACAGACUACCUUGAGGACGACGGUCAGAUUCUAGGGAAGCAGAGGGAAAAAAACGCCCGUAGGCAGCUAGAUCUAGCAGCUCAGAAACAUUUAGAGAGGAAACCCAGAGAGGCCUCAAACUCCCAGACCCCCCCCCCGCCGGCACCCUCCCCGGGGCAGGAGGAAGAGGAGGAGGAGGAGGAGCCCCAGGAUGAGGCGGGGGCCUAUGAGGAGGAGGAAGGUGGCGAGGCCAAGUCGUCCGAACCCACCCCUUGGGCCAAGCCGGAGAUGGGGGGGGCAGGGGGGCGGGGGCAGGCCCACAGGAGGCCCAGCAUCGUGGGGGGGCGGCUGCGCCCCCCGGCCGAGGACAUCCUGGACCUGGACUCCUUCGUCAACCAGCACUUCAAGGCCAAGGCCCUGCAGCUGGCCGCGUCCAGCCGCCUGGACGCAGGCCUGGGCAUGGCCGGCCUCCAGCCCCUGGACCAGCCCCUGGACCGGCACCAGAAGCGGCUGCAGAAGCGAGAGCUGGCCGGUCAGUACUUCGUAGGGGAGGAUGAGCUCAGCCGGAGGGGUCACUGGAUGUCCGUGCUGAGUAUCGGAUUCUCCAAAGUGGACAUCAGCCUGUGUGUGAUUCUGUACUUCCUGUCCACCAUGUGUCUGCUGGUCAUGUACCUGUUCUUCAAACAGCGGCUGAGGGUGCGGCGGGUAAAGAUGGCCCUGCCCUGA